AAGUAGAACACGUGAAAAAAACAACAAGCAUGUCCAUUUCUGAGCACUUGGAUAUUGUUGAAUUCAACUUUGAUGAAUUGCUGGGGUCCACAAGCAGCCAACAUGUUGCAGCUCCAAAAAAGAGCAAAAUACGUCGAAUGGCGGAACGCAUUGCUGAUGUCAAUGACUUGGUGCUGGAAGUGAAGCAGCUGAAAGAUUUACUGAGAACUGCCGGCGAAGUAGAUACACUCUACCAGCAUGAGAAACAGCAGCGCCAGCAGUUUGAGCGUAAAAGUUUGGAGCUGGGCGAACGCUGCGUGCAGCUGGAACAGAAAAUUGAGUUGGAACAACUGAACUCUGAGCAACUGCGCGAGCAAGUGCAGCAAAAAGAGCUACCUGUGGAUGGCAAACAGCUAAUUAUAAUAUUUCUACAACUAGCACAGCGCAUGGAUGAGAAUGAACUGGCCAGCGGCCUUCAGCGUAGCGAGCGUAAUCUGAUGCGCAAGCUAAGAGAUCACUGCAAAAGCUGUAAGAUAAAUAUACCAGCGCCUGCAGCAAAAAGUUGCACAAAAAAAAGGAUGAAAGCUGUUGCCGUGUCAACGCAAUCGACUCAGACGGUAGAGGAAUGGCCAGUCGCCAAAGUUGUUGCCGUGUCAACGGAGUCGACGCAAACGAUAGAGGAGUUGCCCGUGCCCAAGCCUGUGCCGCUCAUGUGCACUGUGGGAGUGCAAACAAUACAAGUGUGCACGCGGGAUCAGGGUACCCAGCAUAAGAACAUGACAACAACGCGUGGCACCACCACAGCUUCCUUUAUCAAAAUGCAUAGUGUGGGCACAAGCUUUCCAGAGCCCAAGCCACCCCCUAAUGUCCAUGAUAUACUUAAUGAAAUGCUGGCCUGGAAUGGCGAUUCCAUUAUCACACCACUAAGUCCAUUAAGUGAACCAGAACCGUUGACGAGCAACAGCAGUGUGGGCACCUGCACGGAUUUGUGCAACGUGCAACGCGAGCUGGACUUUUUGCCGGAAUUACUGCCCACGCAACUAAAGCUCUCCGGCUCACGACCGCCAUCGCGUGCUAUGUACGACAACAUCAAGGAUGAGGCAGCAUUUGGUAGCGCCAAGGAGUUCUUAAACUUCUUGCCGCAUAAUCAAAGCGUGCUCACCAAUUUGCCACCGCCUUUAUUCGAGGAAGUCUGGCAGCUAAUGGGUCAAAUGGUGCAAGUAGUGCUGCAGCGACGUUGCAACAACAACAAUGCACUACAACCGCCGGCGCCAGUUAGUCAAGCAGACUUUGGCAGAUGGUUUAAUGAGCUCUAUGUGAGCACUUUGCAUGAAGCAAGCAAAGCUGCAGAAUUUGAGCCAAUACCAGAGGAAACGUUGCUAGAGGCGCCACCGCAAAUAGCUGUGGAGUUGGCACCCAUCAAAUUACCGCUGAAACCCAAAUUCAGCCUUAAGCGCCAACCUAAGAUUAAGGUAAAGCCGCGCAAGCGCUCAAUUUUGCGUUGCAAAGUCAAGCGGCCAAAGCCAGAGACAGCGGUGCAUUUCUUAAGCAAUCUGAAGCUCAACUGUGAUAAAGUGCCAAUCGAAUUGAAUGCCGAGGAGCAGCAACUGUUGGAGUUGACUAAGGCAAACAAAGUGGCGCCAAGUGUACAACAGCCAGCGAUAGCUGUUGAAGAAGCAACGACAGGAGCUGUUGAAGAAGCAACAACCCAAGUUGUUGAAGAAGCAACAAGAGCUGUCGAAAAGGAGGCAACGCCAGCGGAAACAGCUACGGAGGAAACGCCAGCGGUAACUGCCAAGGAUGUAACGCCAGUGGCAAUUGCCAUGGAGUCAAUGCCAACGCCUUCGGCAUUUGAUUCAGAUGCUGACUCUGACUGCGAUAAUUUGGUUAUUGAUGUUGGUGAACAAUAUACAGCGUCGGAGCAGCUGGAAGAGGAGCCGCCUCAACCCCAAUCAUCGCCAAUCGGUACAAAGCGCAAACGGAAAGUCAGCACUAACAGUCAAACAGAGUUGCAGCCACAGCAGAAGCGUCUAACGCGUCUCCAAGUUAAGCUGCAGCAACAAACUCAAAUAGAAAUAAGUAAUACUCCUACAGCAGUGAGCACGGAAGCAAUCAACUGCGUUGACUAUGAACAGCCGCGGGAUCAACUUUUUGCUUUCUCGCCGCUGCAACAGCAAACAAACGAUUGUUAUUUAGAGUCACCCGCCUCUCCUGUAGCUAGCGAACUGCCAAUAGAAGAUGAACCAAUAGAAAUACCGCUAGAAGCACCUUAUGCAACGAAGGGUCGAAGCGCGAACAAAGCGAUAUUGCCCUAUCUAAUAGUAAGACACAAAGCGAAGCCAAAAAAACAAACGAAGCAAACGCAGCAAGUGCGUUUAGAUAUAAACAACUACCUCAAAGAUGCAGCGCUGCUGAGGCUAGAGCCCAAUGUGGCGGAGACGCCACAGCUGAUGGAAACCUGGCUAACGGUAUAUGCAGAAAUGCAAGAUGAAGCUGCUGCAAUGACACGACUCUUGGCCGUAUUUACUGAGCGCAGUGGCAACUUUCGAGCGCAAUUGAUGGCCAAACUGGAGCAGCUGCUGUUUAAUCAAAAGCAACGCUGCAAUACACAGCUGGCACUUAGGUAUCUGCACCUUUACUUGCAGCUAAUCCAGUUGCAAUCAAAUCAACUGCCAAACUAUGUUAAUCCCGCACGCUUGUUGCUGGCCAAGCUCAUGUAUCAUUAUAAUCACGACAUGCCGCUGCUGGUGCUGGAGGUGCUGCGUCAAUUUCCUACUGUAUUGCCGCAUCGUGAGCAACGCGAAUAUGAUCAUAGUGAUGCGCUAAUUACCGUUAUAAAACAUUUGCUAAUGUGCCACAAAUAUGAAGUGUCGCAAGCAUUGAGCGCGGAGCGUGCGUUGCUCUCGAAGCUGCGCUUUGAGUAUCACUUUCAACCCUUUGAGCCCACCAAGCUGCAAGUGCUGGAGAAUCUGCUGGACAAACUCAAGGCCGGUCGUCUGGAGCAACUCAGCUAUGCCUUUGCGCUAUUCUGUCGUCGCAUGAGCACAAAUUACGUGCUGCAGGAGGUGCUAGCGGCGCAGCUAAUGCCGCUAAUUAACAACUAUUGUGAUUUGUGCACGCAGAGUUCGGAGUUUGAGCUGCGACUGAUGUGCCUGCUGCAGUGCGUCUCCAUGAUUGUGAAACAACUGCCGCUGGAUAGCAAGCCGGAUAUUCCGCGCUAUAUAGAGCACUUCAAGCGUGUGCUAUUGGCGCUGCCACGCCCCAACGUGCAGCAGGCAGCACUGCAGGCUUUGCUGCGCAUGCAACGUUUUGGCUACGCGUUCGUUUUGAAUGCAUUGCAAGGCUUUAAGCCUAACUAUGAUCUAACGCCGUUAACACGCGCCAUGUUGCGUUGCUUUGUUAACAGACGCGCUCAGAGCCUACCGCGGCUCAAGUCCAAAAAAAAACUUAAAUUGUACAUAAAUAAUGCCUAGAUAUAUAAAAUUUCUAUAUUGCGUAGACA